AUGCCGUUUGGGUGUGUGACUCUGGGCGACAAGAAGAACUAUAACCAGCCGUCGGAGGUGACGGACAGAUAUGAUUUGGGACAGGUCAUCAAAACGGAGGAGUUCUGCGAGAUCUUCCGGGCCAAGGACAAGAGCACGGGCAAGCUGCACACCUGCAAGAAGUUCCAGAAGCGGGACGGCCGCAAGGUGCGCAAGGCGGCCAAGAACGAGAUCGGCAUCCUCAAGAUGGUGAAACACCCCAACAUCCUGCAGCUGGUGGAUGUGUUUGUGACCCGCAAGGAGUACUUCAUCUUCCUGGAGCUGGCCACGGGGAGGGAGGUGUUUGACUGGAUCCUGGACCAGGGCUACUACUCGGAGCGAGACACGAGCAACGUGGUGCGGCAGGUCCUGGAGGCCGUGGCCUACCUGCACUCGCUCAAGAUUGUGCACAGGAACCUCAAGCUGGAGAACCUGGUGUACUACAACAGGCUGAAGAACUCCAAGAUCGUCAUCAGCGACUUCCACCUGGCCAAGCUGGAGAACGGCCUCAUCAAGGAGCCCUGCGGGACGCCGGAGUACCUGGCCCCGGAGGUGGUAGGCCGGCAGCGGUACGGACGGCCCGUGGACUGCUGGGCCAUCGGCGUCAUCAUGUACAUCCUGCUUUCGGGGAACCCGCCUUUCUACGAGGAGGUGGAGGAGGACGACUAUGAGAACCACGACAAGAAUCUCUUCCGCAAGAUCCUGGCCGGCGACUACGAGUUCGACUCUCCGUACUGGGACGACAUCUCGCAGGCGGCCAAAGACCUGGUCACGAGGCUGAUGGAGGUGGAGCAAGACCAGCGCAUCACCGCCGAGGAGGCCAUCUCCCACGAGUGGAUUUCCGGCAACGCCGCCUCCGACAAGAACAUCAAGGACGGAGUCUGUGCGCAGAUCGAGAAGAACUUUGCCAGGGCCAAGUGGAAGAAAGCUGUCCGAGUGACCACGCUCAUGAAGCGGCUGCGGGCGCCAGAUCAGUCCAGCGCCGCGGCCACCCCGUCUGCUCCAGCCACAGACACUGCCGCGCCCGGGGCUGCAGGUGGGGCUACCCCAGCCCUGGGGGGCAGUGCCAGCGCAGCCACAGCAGGUGACGCUGCAAAGAGUGAUGGUGCGGUCCCUGCAGACCGCAGUGCCACCCCAGCCACCGACGGGAGUGCCACCCCAGCCACCGACGGGAGCGCCACCCCAGCCACGGACGGGAGCGCCACCCCAGCCACCGACGGGAGCAUCACCCCGGCCACCGACAGGAGCGCCACUCCAGCCACGGACGGGAGAGCCACACCAGCCACGGAAGAGAGCACUGUGCCCACCAGCCAGAGCAGUGCCACCCCCGAGCCGGCCUCGGCCCAGCCGGACAGCACAGCCUCCGGGGGCGCGGCGGGCCAGGCCCCGCCCGCCAGUACAGGGGGAGAGGCCGCGGGCUCCGCCCUGGAGUCCCGGAGGGAGGAUGCCAGCUGA